AUGCCGGUCUUCGUUCGAACCGUGGGGACUUCACUCAUCACUGCCAUCCCCUUUAGCCUCCUCGUUCCAGCCAGGACACACCAGUUCGAGAGAGGACGUCGGGACCUGGAGGAGCCAUUUCAAGAGGACGACAAUUCUUCGCCGGACCUCACCUAUCUCCAGCGUCGAGACCUGCCUGAGCUACGAUAUCAGAUAAAACGGCAUUGCCCCAAAGCCGUGCAGUUUCCAAGGACGGAAGUAAACGAGCCUCGGGGAAAAGGAGGGAAAAGUCACGGAUCCAAGGAACCCUCACCAGCCCCGAGCGAUUCACAUCCGCCCCUUCCUCAGUCAGCUGUUGGGCUGCCUCAUGGGGGACUUCAGUCAUCACUUCCAUCCCCUUUAGCCACCCCGUUCCAGCCAGGACACACCAGGUUUGGUGAAGAUUCCUUCGAUCUGCUAUUCGAGAGAGGACGUCGGGACCUGGAGGAGCCAUUUCAAGAGGACGACAAUUCUUCGCCGGACCUCACCUAUCUCCAGCGUCGAGGGGGACUUCACUCAUCACUUCCAUCCCCUUUAGCCACCCCGUUCCAGCCAGGACACACCAGGUUUGGUGUUCGGGACCUGGAGGAGCCAUUUCAAGAGGACGACAAUUCUUCGCCGGACCUCACCUAUCUCCAGCGUCGAGGUUUCAUUUAA